GUCAAGGAUGGAGGAGAGGAGGAGGAAGCCUCUUCCAUCUUCCUACCGUGGUAGACAUCUGUAGUUUGCUUACAAAAUGAAGACAUUUUAAACGAGCGAGUGGUUAGCAUGUAGCAUGGAGGCCAUACAGUCCGGGGAUCAGGAAGACCUGGGUUUGAUUCUCCGCUCUCCAUGAUUCUUCUCUUUGUGUGGAGUUUGCAUGUUCUCCCCGUGAGUUGGUUCCUCCCCACCAUUCCAAAAACAUGUUAGCAUGUUAGCUUCAUCGACCAUCGACUGGCAGGCCACCAGUCCAGGGUGAACCCCUGUGUGUGUGUGUUUUAUUUUUGUAAAGUCAUUAAGGAGACCGCUGUCAAUCACUGGAGCUCUUCAUUGUCAGCUUACUGGUGACAUCAUAUGGGUCCCUGCUCAAAGAAAGGCCACUAGAGGGCAGCAGAGGCUUUCAUGAGGCGUUCAGGUGACUCCAAUUUAAAUCUUCUAAGAGUUUUAAAUGUGUCAGACCUCACACUUGACAUUAUUGUUCACAAGCAAUCAAACGUAAAGUGACGUAGUACUUGUACUGACCUGUGAGAGGCAGCAUUUGGGGGCGUCCAGACUACCGAAGCUCCCUAGCUACCUAGCUUUAGCUUGGCUAGCGGUCUGGUGACGUCACUGCAGUUUCAACUGAACAUUUCACGUUCAUGUUCAACAUAAAUCUAUAUAUCUAUCCAAAUAUCUAUCUAUCUAUCUCUUUAUCUGUCUUUCUCUCUGUGGAGUAAUGCCUGUGGGAUCGAUCCAAACGGUGUGAUACCAGUAUCGUACAAGAGUGAGGGAUCGAUAUAUUAGUUUGUAGUUUUUGUGGUGUUGUUCCGAUUGUGACAUUGAUAUAUAUAUUCAUAUAUAUUAUAUUAUAUUGUCUACAACAGACGGCCUUUGUGUGAAAAGCCUAAUGAUUUGAAUGAGAACUAAUAGAUCUAAGUUGAGUCGAUAGUUUUAUUAUCCAAUAUGGACAUUAUUUUUGCUCAAACAAUUGUAUGUAAUUCAUUGGACUGACUGAAUUAUAUUUUAAUCUUAUUACAUUGUAUUUAUAGUUGUAAUUAUAUAUUGUUAAAUUGCUGAGAGAUUGCACAUAUAAGUACAAAUCCUUACCAUGAUGAACCAACCAUGGGCAAAAUCACAAAACGAUCUUGAAAACAUUCCACCCGAAAAGUAUCGUUAUUGGCAGUGCGAGUCGUAUUCACUUGGUUUCGGAUCGAUCACAGAAGUUCCAGUAUCGGCCGCCCUGUGCCGCCUGCGAUUGGAGGGAGGUGCCGCGGGUGGUGGUGGGCGUGGUGGUCUCGGCUUGGUCCCCCCCCCCCUCCAUUGCGUCCACGCGCAGCGGCAGUGACUUCCUUUCAGACGGACUUUGAGAAACAGCCGAUCCAGCGCGGCGCACAGCGCACUAAAUGACGCCGGUUCGAUCCCCGUGACACCUCCGCCAUGAGCUGCUUGGAUGUGAUGUACCAGGUGUUUGGAGCUCAGCCUUACUUCCCCCCCUACGGCCACUACCAUCACCAGCACCAGCAGCAGAAAGUGGCCUUGUAUUCCAAAAUGCAAGACCCGCAGGGCGGCCUCCCCGGACCCCCCACCAUCAAAGAGGAGGAAAAGGAGCUGCCCCCGGGGGCCGAGUACCUGAGUGCGCGCUGCGUCCUCUUCACGUACUUCCAAGGGGACAUCAGCGCCGUGGUGGACGAGCACUUCAGCCGCGCCCUCAGCCAGACCCCCGCCUCCUCCUCCUCCUCCUCCCCGUACCCCCCAAGCGGCGGACACAAGGCCCCUAAAGCAGAUGGAUCUUUCCCAAUGAGCCAACGAGGUUUCCCCGCGUCUUUCUGGCACAGUUCCUACCAGUCGUCCGUGUCGUCCUCGCUGGCCAGCGCUCUGUCGGCCCCCCACUCCGAGCUCCCCUUCCCCGGGGACUCGUACUCUCCGUCGCCCCUCCACGGCCACCUGCACCACCAGCCCAGCCCCGACGCCUGGUACCCGUCCCACCACCACCACCCGUACUCGUUAGGGGGCGCCAUCGGCGCGCAGGGCUCAGCCUACCCGCGCCCGGCCGUGCACGAGAUGUACGGCACGCCGUUUGACCCCCGCUACAGCUCGCUGCUGGUGCCGUCGGUGAGGUCUCAUCAUCGCCUGGCGGCCGGCGGCAGCUCGGUAGCCGGGUCUGGUAGCUCACCCUGUGACCUGGGGGGCAAGGGGGAGUCCUGGACGGGGUCGGCGUGGAGCGGAAGUCUGUCCGGAUCUGGACAGGAGAUCGGACUCAACAUGGAAGCAGGUCUGCAGACGCAGGACAAGACCAAGGACUUGUACUGGUUCUAGACCGCUCCUACUUUCCUGUCUUCUUAUGUGCUUCUGCUGCAGAGACAAACUGACCAGCGCUCUGCUUGCAGCUCUGUGCUACGGCGGCCUGUGCUGACGCCCACAGAGACCGGAAGACAAACUCUUUGACGGCGAGACGGACGGGGGCGUGCGGGUGCCGCCACGCUGCGGGACUGGCCUCACUGGGACAACUGAUCUUUAGACCGUUGUGGCUGCUGGUAGGGUUCCGACGUCAGCACGCUGUUACGAUCCAGGAACGCUGUUUUCCACCAUGUGCUGCACGAUACGGACCGGUACUACGCCGUCUGAUGAGCGUAGAGGAUGGAACAGCGGCCUCGUUCGCACUUUUGAUGACCUGCUCCUGCUGCCCUCACCCCCAUCCCAACAUGGACUUCAACCUGAUGGACUUACUGACGUGGUCCCAUUCCUGCUCGGACUAGCAUGUGUUCCAGGAGGGGCGCCCCACUCAGUUUAAAAACAAAAGAGAAAAAAAAGCGUCAGCAUGCAAUGUGAACACCCACGCCUGCCAGAAGUUAAGGGGGGGCCGGACGGAGGGGGGUCUCUGGCUGAUGGAGGACCGGGAGAGCUACCUCGGCUAUUUGGAGCCGCUCGACUCCCAUGCAGCUGUCAACGACAACUGCUCUUCAACUUAGUGAGCGCACGCACACACACGCACACACACACACACACACACACACACACAGUGGUAGAAGUCAAUAAAGGGAGCAUUUAGAGCGAGCUGGGACAACUGCUGUGUGAAAGGACACACUAGCACAACUAUGUGAGGCAACUGUCAAAAAGUCACUACUGUGUGUGUGUGUGUGUGUGUGAGCACGUGUGCAUGCCUAAACUAGAAAGGACCUCGCUGGGAUCCUUCACCCUCAUGUUAGGGCAAGGUUUCCCAAAAUUGUUGACCCGAAGGCCCAAAUUGGUUCAUUGUUCAUUCUUUAAAGAUACAAUACUAAACUACCAUCAAUAAACCAUAAAACAUGUCUGGUAGAAUAUUGAUACACAAAUGUUUGGCGUGGAUACACGACUAUGGUGACCAGUCAAGUCCCUACUGACUUCGCCGCAUGACAUCAUCCAUCCCCAUGUGGAUGCAACCUCUAAAGACUCAACAUUCCAGAAUUUUCAGCAGUUUAAUGUUGGCUACGUUCUCAUCAUCAGAACAAUUCUCUUUAACGAUUGUCUCUGUCUGGUCCAAGACGUCAGAGUUACGUCUGUAUCUUUCUGAGCGUACCUAAGCAUCGCAGAAAACCAUGUGACUCUCUCUCUCUCCAAUUGGUCGGCGGUGGCUGCAAGAAUUCACGCCGGAAGAAUGUCGGCGACAGUAGAAUUAGUCGUUUGGUAUGACGGCGUAUUAGGGCCACAGUGAAAAACAUUUAGCAAAUAAAGUAGUACAUUUAGGGGAAUAAAGUAGUACAUUUAGAAGUAAAAAAAAGUCUGGUAUGACUUUUAUCCAAGUCACACAGGUCCCCUCUUUUCAUAGCUGUACGUUACCAAAUGUUAGUAAUGUACGUAUACUGUAUGUCUGUUAGUAUUCAUACAAUCAAACACUUUGAAACUAAAGGGGUAAAUUAACGAGAAUAAAGUCGGGAAUUUAGGAGAAAAAACAGUAACUUUAUGUUACAGGUAUUUAUUUUUUUUUACAAAAGUACGACUUUAUUCUUGUAAAUAUUAUGACUUUUUUCUUGUAAAUGUCAACGUUAUUCUCGUGAAUGUGUGACUAUUUUGCUCGUAAAUUCAAAACUUUAUUCUCUUAAUGAAAUACUCUUUUCUUGUAAAUUUACAAUAUUAUUCUGAUGAAUUUUUGACUUUUGUUUCUCAUAAAUGUCCGACUUUAUUCUUGUAAAUGUAUUACUUUCUUUCUCGUAAAUGUGAUUUUCUUCUUGUAAAUGUACAAUUCUCAAAAUAGCAUUUUUUUCCCCCCAAUUUGGCUCUAAUAUUCCGUCGUAGAAGAGAAGAGAACGUGCGAGCAACUCGGUGAAAAAAUGUGUUCCAGCAAGCUUUUUUAGGUGACGUACAUGCACACUAUCUUUCUCCAAGAAAAGUUGUAAUACUUUGUUGUAAAAGUGUGAUCACCUCCUGGUGAGCUUGGGUAUAUAUAUAGUCCUCCAUCUUGGCAGUCAAAUUCUUACU